AUAGCAUUAGUUUGAGAUACAUAGUAGGAGUGGAGUAAUAUAUAAGUAUAACCCUGCUUUCUUAUAUCAUCUUUGAGAGAAUGGUGAACUUAGUAGCAGCGCAGAAGCCACUGAUGCAUUGGCUGAUGAAGAUGGCCGGUGUGGUCCCUCACACCGUCCAAAUCGAGGCAGGCACUGUUAUGAACAUUUGGAUUCCUCGUGAGACCCUCCAGCAAAAACCCGUGGUAGUGCUCGUCCAUGGCUUCGCCGGUGAGGGCAUCGUCACCUGGCAGUUUCAGGUGGGAUCUCUAACGAAGAAGUACUCGGUGUACGUGCCCGACCUCCUCUUCUUUGGCGGGUCCUACACGGACAGCCCCGACAGAUCGCCCACGUUCCAGGCCCAGUGCUUACUGAAGGGGCUGAAGAAGUUGGGUGUGGAGAGGUGCACGGUGGUGGGAUUCAGCUACGGCGGCAUGGUGGCCUUCAAGAUGGCGGAGCUCCACCCCGAGAUGGUUGAUGCUAUGGUCAUCUCAGGCUCCACACUUGCGAUGACGGAUUCCAUAAGCAACGCCACGCUCGAUGACCUCGGCUUCUCGUCCUCCUCUGAGCUUCUGCUGCCAACCUCCGUCAAGGGCUGCAAGGCGCUCCUCAAAGUCGCCGCCUACAAGAACCUCUGGUUCCCCGAUCGCCUCCACAGAGACUUCCUUGAGGUGAUGUUUAGCAACAGAAAGGAAAGGGCUGAGCUGCUUGAAGGCCUUGUGGUUAGCACUAAAGAAACAAGCAUCCCGAGUUUUUCCCAGAGAAUACAUCUGCUAUGGGGAGAGGAAGAUCAAAUAUUUAAGCUGGAACUGGCGCAAAACAUGAAAGAGCAACUAGGAGAUAAGACCACAUUUGAAGGCAUAAAGAAAGCAGGUCACUUGGUUCACUUGGAACGACCCUGCCUCUACAAUACUUGUCUCAACAAAUUUCUUGAUUCACAUCAACAACCUACCAAAUAAUUUUUACUUUACUGACUUUGGUCUUAAAAAUUUUCUUUUAAACCAAUCACAACUUUAAAUUUUCCACUACUAUGAUUGAGCUAAACUUUUGUGGAUUAUUUUGGAUGACUUAAAAUAUGUACGAUCGAUGUCCUUCUCUAUAUUUUAAUUAUAAAAAUGUAUCAUCUUUUGAUUGUUUCCCCAUGUA